UGCGGACUUCCCUCAAAGUUCAGUUGCCCGAGUCAAAUCAGCCACAGGGGGAAUGUAACUUUGGAGUUCGGGAAAUUUGCGGAUGGUAAUAACAGGGUAGUUUUUUUUUCUGUGGUAGAAAUAUUUAUUUUAAUGCGUUUGUUAAGUAUGAAGCACAGGCGUGGAGAGAUGGACCGGCGGUGGGCAGUUUUCACACUGAUUUUAAACUUUCAGCUCACUUACGGGACCCCCUCCUCUUACGGCUUGUUCCACGGGUCUGCAAACACUGGACCGGUACACAGACACAGGACUGGGAACUGGUGCGCCUAUAUGGUGCAAAAGAACGUGAGCUGCGCCGUGCAGGGGAGUGUGGAGAGCUUCGAGGAGCCCGUGGUGGCCCCCUGCCCAGCCUACCAACCCGACUGCCAGCAACAAGUGGCGUACAAAACUCGAUUUCGACCCACAUACAAGAUCGCUUAUAAGACGGUCACAGAGUUAGAGUGGAGAUGCUGUCCUAAUUACCAAGGUCCAAACUGUAAAGACUCAAAACCAACCCCUAACCGGCAAACAGUUCAGGGAACGCAGCCUUACCGCCCACCAAAUCCUGGACAUACAACCAGACACAUACAGAGGCCGGAGCGAAGAGAGACCCCGCAGCAUGUGACAAGGCCUGGUGGGACAGAUAAAGUGCAUCUUCUGGAAGGUGAAGUUCAGCGUCUGUCUCAGACAGUCCUGGAUCUCCAGUCUGCUUUGACAGGGUUAACUGCAAACCUGCAAGAGGACACAAAGAAGAUGCUCAUGACACUUCUAAACAACAUGCGCCCACCAGACAGUCCCACAGAUGCAGCUACGGAGGAGAACCCGGCCGUUUUGGAUGGUCAUCAGGCCACCAGGGGUGGGAUGCCAGGACAGAAGGACAUAGAAAAAAUAGUCGCUCGUUUGGAUGAUAUCAAUAACGCGCUGCAAAGCAAGGAUGAAGCUUUGGAAGACCUAAGAGGAAUCACAACAAGUCAUGAGGGCCAGAUACGUGUCCUCAUGGAUGCCUCUCAGUCUCAAGCUUCACCCAUACCGGAUUUUGAUGUUAUACAGACUUACAUUGAUGGAAAAUUUGAAAGCCUAAAGAAAGAGAUUGACCAGAAUUUGGAGGAGCAAAUGGCCAAAGCUCAGAGCUCAUGUAAUGACAAGCUCCAGAAGCUGCAGAAGACCUGUGAAGAUAGCCAUGAUGAAGUAUUGGACAGGUUUACCAAGUUGGUCAAUUCCAAGGAGGCUGAUCUGCGAAAGGAGAUCCGAUCGCUGCGUCUAGACUUGGCUGCUGCAGAUGGACCUGUGCGAACCCAAAGGCAGACGGAUCCAUCCAAAGAGGAAAAAGAACACGGUGACCAUAAAGACCUGUGGCGUGAGAUUGACCGCAUUGCAGAGGCUCACCGCAUCCUGAAUGUCCGCAUUGACAAUGAGCUGGAAAAUCUGUCUGCUCCACAAGAAAGCAUCAGCGAUUUUUCCGUAUUGAUUGAGGAGCUGGAGGCACGUAUAAAUAUCACAGAACUAAAUGCAGAGACUCACUGCUUCUACAUCGAGGAAAAGCUAACCCGUACAAUCACAGAGGAAGUGGCAGCUCUUCGGACGCUUCUGGAUGGACGUCUGAACGGCAUGGAGGACCAGUUUACAAACAUGCUGGUGGAAAUGAGCCAAAACAAUUUCCCUGGGGAGUUUAGUGACUCUAUUAAUGCCAUCCAGUCAGAAGUUAACAACAACAAGCUCCUCCUCCAAGGUUUGGAUGACAAGGUUAACACUGUUGGAGAAUUGUGCUCUGCAGGAUGUUCAGGCUCACAAAAUACCGCAGGACAGGUAACUUCUGCACCUAAACUUAAUGGUCUAGAAAACAUUUUGAAGGACCUGUAUCGGUACAGAAAUGACCUGGACGUCCUUCACACAGAUGUGAGUUCCAACACAGCCAAGCUCAGCCAACUUGAGAAUUUUGUUCAGAGGUACUCAGGAGCAGCAGAGAGAAGUGUGCAGACAAUGGAUGACUUCAAGAAGGGACUGAAUAAUCUUGAAAACAACGUACUCGGUCUGUCUGGCGCUGUUACUGGUUUAAGUGAUUCCUUAGGCAAAUACAACCAAGAUAUGCAGAAAAUAAACUCAACAUGCUGCUAUGCUGAGCAGAGAGGCGAAGGCAGUACAGCACAGGACAGCUGGAGUACAUCUGAAUCCACUCAACGUAAGGUGGGGGAGCUGGAGGACAGACUCGAUACGCUUAGCAGACAGGUGUCAUCUGAACUGGGUGAAUGUAAACAGAACACACAGGGUGUUUCUGAUGGCAUCUCCGCUGUGGAUGGACGUGUAACCCGACUCGAAAAGGUGUGUGGAAGGUUAGACGGAGUUUCUGCUAACAUCAAAGACCUGAAAGAUGGGCUAGAGAGACAUGUUGCCGGCCUGCGGGACUGCGUCGACAGAAUGAACAUCACAUGUGGAAAUCACGGAGCAGAAAUCAAUGCUCUGCAAAAAUCCUUGCAGAAGUUUCAGGGACAGCUAUCCGCCAUGGCCAAAAGUGUUUUGAAGGACGGCGGUGACAAAGAGCCAGGAAUGACCGUAAGACCAGGACCAGAGAUGCCUGCGUCUUUGCCAGACAGAAACAGAAUCCAACAAAUCCACAUUCCUAUCAUCAUCGACCCUGUGCAGACCAACCCCAGAACACCAUACAGCCCAGGCCAACCAGUGCAGCCAAACACACACAGAAAAAACAUCAGCCCGCCAAGACAGCCUUUCAGUCCUCGGCAACCAGGUGUGCCGACUGUGCCUGAGAUUUCUGUUGUGGAGAUGGGAGAGGCAGGACCUCCAGGAUACAGCCGCAGGGUGACUGUGCGAAGAGGGUCUGAGGACUCUUCCAGAGACCGUGUUAAAGGGUUUGCAGGAGCACCAGGCUAUCCUCCUCUGAAGCCUGUUUCUUUCAUGCCUCAAUCAGCCAGACGCCAAGCUCUUACAGCAGUAAAGGUGCCCUGGAACCCGGUUUAUCAAGCUCCAGCUGAUUCACCAGUUUCAGUCGACAAUAGCGCUUUGGCAGACACCUUCUCCUUCUCUGCCGGCCUCACUCAGCAACGUUUCUCUGGAGAUUUUGGAAUCAUUCGCUUUAACAGAGUCCUAGUAAAUGACGGAGGACAUUACAAUCCCAGCACAGGGAUCUUUACUGUACCGCUGGAUGGCCGAUACCUGAUUUCAGGUGUGCUGACCGCAAAGCAGGGCGAUCGUGUAGAGGCCGUGCUGUCUGUGUCUAACCGCAGCGUACAGAGGCUACAGAGCUCAGGCCUGACUGGUGGUAAUUGUGGCUGCGGGGGUACAGCAUCCUUUAAUGUAAUCCUACCGCUGAGGAAAGGAGACCAAGUGGCUAUGGUAAGAACCGAAGGUCAGCUGGCCACAACCGAAGCCAGGGAGAUCCUGUCCACCUACAGCGGCACCUUUCUGUACCAGCCACAAGCCAAAAGAUAGCUGGAGCUCAGGUGGAAAAUAACGACGAGGACUACUUUGUUCCCAGACAUGUGGACUGGAGGAAAUGUUGAAGUGUUGAAACCACUUUUUUUUUUUUUAAAUUUAUUUGCUGUGAUGCAGCUGUUUUACCUGUGUGAAGAUCUUUAGUUAUAAAUUCAGUUAAAAAAGCUGUUAUAUGGAAUUUGUAAGCAAUUUUCCAAAGACACCUGAUAACAAGAAGCAGGAUUUGUAUCUAAUAUAUUUAUCAAGAUGAAUGUUUGUACCACCUAUUGUAAAUGUCUUGUGUAAAAGUAUAAAUUAACACUUUUGUAAAUUUUGUUUUAGCAGCAGCAUUCAGAGACUUGGCGUACAGCAUGGUCAACAAUCAUUGGAGCAUAUUUGUAGGUUAGCUGUAAAUAUGGACUCACGUCAUCUUAAAAGUGCUCUGGGUAAUUAGGAAAUCUGCACAGAGAGAUUAAUGAGGAAAGGAAAGACUUAGCAACACAAGAUUUUAUUAAUAGUACAAACUUGGCUGGCUUCUACUGAAGAAUACAUGGUUAGUGAGCCCCCUCCUUUUUUUUUUCUUUUUUUUUUUGGUGAUUAUGUAAAGUGGGUGGGGAUGAUAAAUAAAUUCCCCCUUUCUCACUCCUGAGACUGACUAAAAUUUUCCAGCAUCAAACUGUAAGAAGUAUUUAGCUUUCAGUUCAGCCUUUGUUAACCCUUAAAAAGGAAAAACUGAUAUUUUAAUUAAAAGCUGAAUAAAUAAACACU